UCUUCGUGUGCCGUGUGCGUGUUUUUGAAGCAACCCGCUCGAAGCGUUGUUCAGUGUGUACACUUUUUGAACCCGGUUUUAACCUGCCAGCCCACCGAUGGUUGAGAAAGGUGGCUCUCGUAGUUGUAGUCCCAGCGUACAGAUCGACACUAGUGAGCGAGUGCGCGGGUGAAGAGGCGGCUGACUUGCCAUUAGCGGCUUGAUUGAUUGAUUGAUUUGAGCAUACAGACUGCCGCCGUCUGCUUUGUUUGCUGCGAAGCAGAGCAGAAAAGAGCGAAGGCAGCCCCGUCAGUUUCGAAAUUUGCGUUUGUCGGUGCGUUUCGCGAUUGCGUUUGGCUGUUGUUCGUUUUUCGACAAGUGCAGAUGCUCAGAUAUUUCUUUUGAAAAUGAUGGAACAAACUUGGCUACGGCAAAGGAUUAUUAGCAGUGUUAUGGCGUAUUGUUGAAUGACACGUGAAGAAAACGGUUGAAAAGUUUGUUUCCACUUUGAUAAGUGACAACGCGGUACCAGAGCGUACUUAACGACAGUGAAAAACAAGAAAGCGUGUCCCAACGCUGAAUCUGUGAUUUAGUUGCAAGAUAUAAAAUAGUGGUAAAAUGUUGUGCAGAAGUCCUCCGCCAGCGAGUCCAGUUGGGUCGGAGAUCUCCGUCGGAUCGCCCAGUCCACCACCGGUAGACCACCAUCACCAUCAUUUGCAGUCUCAUCACAAUCGAGGUGAUGACUAUUUUAGUCCAUUGAAGCGACUUCGGAUGGUUGAGCAUCACAGUACAAGCCCGAAGGAACCUAGUCCAAAGCCAGAACCUCCUAGCCCUCCACCAACAGCUGCCGCGUCCGCUUCGAGCGUAAAAUCGUUCUCCAUAGCGGACAUUCUUGGCCGGGACACGGAAAACAGCAAUCGUGAUAGUGCACUUGCCCUGCAUCACCACCACAGUACGCUUCAAGCUGCCGCUACGAAAAUUGUGCGACCAUGGGAUCACCUCCGAGGUCCAAUUCCUGUCCGACCGUUCCUCCCGCCUGCACUGUUACACUACGAACACCGGUUGGCGCUAGAUUACCACCAGCAGUUGCAGGAGCAUUUUCGAGCGCAGGCUCAGCUGCUACGACACAUGAGUAUGGACAUUAUUCCCUCGGAAAGUGGCUCGGAGCGGUCAAGUUCGGCGGCUAGUGGUGAUUGCUGUUCGCCGGAGAUUGGACGAAGUUCUGAGCAUCAGUCCUCGCAAUCGUCAUCUUCGGGAUCGAACAACAAUAAUGGUGGAGGUGGAAACGGUGGUGGAAGUGGGAAAACAUCCGGCCAGAAGACUACCCCGAACGGAACUCCCCUGGAUGCGCUAUUCCAGAUGACCAAUAAAAACUUUGACGAAGGCAAUGAAGAUGGGGAACAAUCGCAUUUAAACCUAUUUGCCAACCGGCCCCAACCAAAGAAAAAGAGGAAAUCCCGAACGGCAUUUACCAACCACCAGAUCUUCGAGCUCGAGAAACGGUUCCUCUACCAAAAAUACCUAUCGCCCUCGGAUCGGGACGAGAUUGCGGCGGCACUCGGCUUGUCCAAUGCUCAGGUGAUAACCUGGUUCCAAAAUCGCCGAGCGAAGCUGAAGCGCGACAUGGAAGAACUGAAGAAGGACGUCGAAACGGUCAAGGUCCUUUCCGCCCACAAAUCGUUCCUGGAGAAUGUGAACGACAUGAACAUCCUCAAGAAGAAGAUUAUGCACGACCACGGUGGUAGUCCGCAUAAAUAAUACCUAGAGCCACCGUUCUUCGGUGGCGGCGGCGGUGGUCAUCCGGCGGCUACCAUUAAUGCCGUCAUUGGAUCGUGUCCUGCAACGCCAGCCGAGCAGCAGGCCGCCACCAAAACCCUAAUCAAUCUCACCACCUACGGCAGACUGCUGCAAUCAAUUGCCUCCGAUAAGACUUGAAAACAAAACAAACAAACAAA